GGGGAGGAGGAGGCCGUACCGCCUUCCCACGCCUCGGCUGAGUAGCACGGCCAUGGCCGGCUUCUUCGGGCGCCCGAGCCCGGCAGGAGGGAAGACUAAUAUCUAUAGGCUAUAAAAAGCCUCUGGAGAGAGAUGACCUGUUUGAACUGAAUGAAAGUGAUUCACCAUACAGUGUGGGUCCUAGCUUUGAAAAGCAAUGGAGAAAAGAAAUCCAGAAGUCUUCUGCGGGCUUGACGGAUUCUUAUAUUGAAAGAAUGCUAUUUAAGUCAAGAGGUUUCUAUAAACAGUCUUUGAUUUUUCCACUGUGGCAAACAUUUAAGUUUUCAUUGCUCAAAGUUGCACUUUUAAAAGCUUCAGCUGACAUUCUGGCUUUCAUGAGUCCACAAAUAAUGAAAUCAUUGAUAACUGUAAGUGAAAAUCAUACAAGUUCACAUGGGAGUCGAUAUGGCUAUGCUAUUGCUCUGUUUUUUGUAGUUCUCUCGCAGACUCUCCUACAUCAACUAUACCAGCGUAACAACAUGCUUACUGCUGUCAAAAUCAAGACUGCUGUUGUUGGCCUGAUAUACAAGAAGGCCUUAACUUUAUCCAAUUCCUCACGACGAAGAUAUACAACUGGAGAGAUGGUUAACCUGAUGUCAGCAGAUGCUCAGCAACUCCUGGAGCUAAUUGUAAACAUCAACCUGUUGUGGUCAGCCCCUUUUCAAAUCAUCAUGGCUGUCGUCUUUCUUUGGAAAGAACUUGGCCCCUCAGUAUUAGCUGGUGUAGCAGUGCUUCUUCUGGUUAUACCUAUAAAUGCACUUAUUGCAGCCAAAGUAAAAUGUCUGAAGAAAUGCCAGAUGAAAUAUUCAGAUCAACAAGUCAAGUUACUGAGUGAAAUGUUACAUGGAAUAAAGAUCCUCAAACUUUAUGCAUGGGAACCUUCAUAUCAAAGGAAGGUCAUGGACAUUAGAGAACGUGAAGUGGAUGUUUUGAAGUCAUCAGGAUAUCUGACAACUUACUCCAUGUUAACCUUGACGUGUAUUCCUUUUAUGGUCUCAUUGUCUAUGUUUGGAGUCUACUUUUAUCUGGACAAGGAGAAUGUUUUAACAGCUGCUAAAGUUUUUACAUCUAUUUCUUUGUUUAACAUUUUGCGACUACCCUUGUUUGAUUUACCAUCCGUGAUCUCUGCUGUAGCCCAGACCAAAGUUUCUCUGAGCCGUUUAGAGGAUUUUCUGUUCGCUGAGGAUCUUAACCCUGAAGAUGUUGAUACAAACUACAGUGGAAACCAUGCUGUUGAGCUUAUUGGUGCUUCUUUCUGCUGGGAGAAAAAUGGCCUGCCAGUCUUAAAAAACUUGAAUGUCAGUAUACCUGAAGGCUCUUUAGUUGCUGUUGUGGGACAGGUUGGAUCUGGAAAAUCAUCUUUUCUUUCUGCUCUUCUUGGAGAAAUGGAGAAACUUGAAGGAACAGUUCAUAGGAGAGGUUCAGUGGCUUACCUUGCUCAGCAAGCUUGGAUUCAAAAUGGAAGUUUACAGGAAAACAUUCUCUUUGGCACAGAUCUAAAUAGAUCAUACUACGAGCUUGUUUUAGAGUCUUGUGCUUUGCUGCCAGAUUUGGAACAGUUACCCAAUGGAGAUCAAACAGAGAUUGGUGAAAGGGGUGUCAACAUAAGUGGAGGGCAGAAACAGAGAGUGAGUCUUGCUAGAGCUGUAUACAGCAAUGCCGACUUGUAUCUUCUGGAUGACCCUCUAUCUGCUGUAGAUGUACAUGUUGGAAAACACCUUUUUGAGAAGCUCAUUGGGCCUUCAGGUCUCUUAAAAGGCAAGACUCGUGUUUUGGUGACACAUAACUUAACACUCCUGCCUCAUGCUGAUCUUAUAAUAGUAAUGGAAGAGGGGAAAAUAGGUGAACUGGGGAGCUACCAGGAACUCGUUUCAAAGAGAGCUAAAUUCGUUGAGCUUAUUCAGUUCUUCAGUACCGAGAACAGAAGUGAAAAGACAACCCCAAAUGAAGAGAGUUCUUCAAAAGAAGAGUGUCAACUAGGGAGGAGUCUGCAGCAAAGAGAGUUGUUGAAAACCAAGCAUUCUUCAGAUCAUUGGAAAAUACUCAAAAAGAAUAAAGAAAGAGUUGCCACUGGUGGUAUGAAAAUGUCAGUUGUUUUAAAAUACCUCCAAGCGUUCAGCUGGCGAUGGAUGUGGCUAGCCAUGGCUGCUUGCUUAGGACAAAAUGCACUAGCCAUUGGGCAAAAUCUGUGGCUUAGCUCCUGGACUGCAGAGACAGCAAAAGUCAGUGAUUUCACAGAAUGGCAACAGUCAAGAAAUUACAAACUUGGUGUUUAUGGGCUUUUGGGACUCUUACAAGGUCUGCUUGUUUGCUGCAGUGCCUACGUACUCACCCAGGGCUCCCUUGCUGCUUCUAGGACACUACAUCAUCAGUUGCUGGACAGUGUAUUGCACCUUCCUCUUCAGCAUUUUGAAACUAAUCCAGUGGGUCAGAUCAUCAAUAGAUUCACAAAGGACUUAUUUAUAGUGGACAUACGUUUUCAUUAUUACUUACGAACUUGGCUGAACUGUAUGCUAGAUGUUGUUGGAACCAUUCUAGUUAUAACAUUUUCCUCACCACUGUUCAUAAUGGUAGUUAUUCCCCUGGGAUACUUGUAUUUUAUUAUCCAACGAUAUUACAUAGCGAGCUCACGACAAAUUCGACGGCUAGCAGGUGCAUCACAUUCUCCUGUCAUCUCCCACUUCACGGAGACUAUCCUUGGAGGAUCAACAAUCAGAGCAUUUGGCCACCAGGAGAGAUUCAUUAGAAAAAAUAACGAUGUUGUAUAUGAGAAUUUGGUUUAUUUCUACAACAAUGUCAUCUCAAACAGGUGGCUAUCUGUCAGGCUUGAAUUUCUAGGAAAUUUAAUGGUGUUCUUUGCUGCACUGUUUGUAGUACUGGCUGGAAAUGCAGUGAGUUCUUCUACAGUGGGUUUAUCAAUAUCAUACGCUCUAAAUAUAAUUCAGAGUCUAAAUUUUUGGGUGCGUAAAGCAUGUGAAAUCGAGACCAAUGCAGUUUCAAUUGAAAGAGUUUGCGAAUAUGCAAACAUGGAUAAAGAGGAACCAUGGAUUACAUCAAAAAGACCACCAGUAGGGUGGCCUGAUAGAGGAAUAAUAGAGUUUGUAAACUACAAAGCUCAGUACAGGAAGGAUCUUGGUUUAGCUCUGAAUGACAUUUCCUUUCAAACACGGAAUAAAGAGAAGGUUGGAAUUGUAGGAAGAACAGGAGCUGGUAAAUCGACACUCACAAAUUGCUUGUUUAGAGUUCUAGAGGGAUCCGGAGGCAAAAUAAUUAUAGAUGGAAUUGAUAUAUCAACUAUUGGACUCCAUGACCUGCGUAGAAAUCUUAACAUCAUUCCACAGGAUCCUGUCUUGUUUUCUGGGACACUGCAGUCAAACUUGGAUCCACUUGGAAAACACUCUGAUCAUGAACUUUGGGAGGCACUGGAACUGUGUGGCUUAAAGAGUUUUGUGCAGUCACUUCCCAAGAAGCUCCUUCAUGAGAUUUCAGAAGGUGGUGAAAAUCUCAGUGUUGGCCAGAAACAGCUGGUCUGUCUGGCACGUGUAUUGCUGCGAAAAAAAAAAGUCCUAGUCCUUGAUGAAGCGACAGCUUCCAUUGACAUGGAAACAGAUAACUUGGUGCAGUCCACCAUCAAAAGAGAGUUUUACGACUGCACGAUAUUAACAAUAGCCCACAGAUUACAUACAGUCAUGGAUUCAGAAAGAGUGCUUGUUCUGGAUGCAGGAAGGAUUCUAGAGUAUGAUACACCUCAUAAUUUGUUAAAACGAAAGGGUGCCUUCUCCGAAAUGGUUGCAGAGGCGGGUAUAACAAGAUAAAGAAAACUAAUGAGUGAAUUCUUAGUGAAGAUGAGAAUUCCGUGUACCGGUACUCGCUCUCAAGAUAUGCAGCAUUCCUGAUGUUAUGAACUACCUUGAAAGUUCCUGACAACAUCGUCACUGUUUACUCUGACUACAGUCCAUACGUAAUGGUCAGGUUUCUUAAUUUAACUUCCUGUUUUUAUACAAAUCACUGAUUUUGAUUCUGUUAGUACUGGACCAACACAAUGAAGGAGUGAUUUUCAUGGCAUAUUUUAAAUAUUGCACUAGCAAAGAUGGAUUAAAAAUAAAUAAAUUUUGUGAUUUUGUGAUUGUAAAAAAUGUAAUUUUUUACAAAUUCACACAGUGUUUCAAUUAAGAAAUAGUGCUUAAUUAAAUUGUGUGGUCAUUAUGCCCAUUUAGUCAAUACAUUCUUACAUAAUCGUGAACAUAUAAAAACCCCAAAUAACUUAUUGUAUGGUCAUAGAAGCAGUACAAUAAAUAUACUACAGCAUGCACAAGCUGACUAAGAGAAUAUAGUGUCUUUAGAACUUGUUAGGAGUAAGAACAAACUAGAUAAUUGCAGUUUUCUGAUAGAGACAAACUUUGUAAGGCGAGAGAAUAGCUGCUUGCUUUUCAUCUCUUCCCCUCUUCUUGUCCCCCACCUGAGGGCAGCAGUGGCUUCUCUGUAGAGCAAAAACUGCCAUACCAAUAUUUCAAAGGCAAAAAGAAGUUGAGUGUCCCAGGAAGGCUCUUCUUGGGUCCCCAUCUCUUACUUACCUUCACACUUCCCGCAAAACCCACCCUUUCCUAGAAGUAGCACAGUAGAAACUGGAAAAAACACAGAUUGGGUGCUAUUUCCUAAACAAAUGUUUUAGGGUUAAUACUAGGGUAGAUAAUGACUUCAGUACCAACAGACCAACAUCUCUUGAUGAUGUACCAACAUCAGAGAAAAUCAUCUGAGGACCUGCAAAGUGUAUGGAAACUUUAUUUAGGCAGAGAGAGGGUUUUUUUGUGCUUACUGCUGGACUGACAUAAUUCAAAGAAAAAACAGGGAAACAGUGCUGUUAAAAUACUUCCCAGGGAAACUGAAACAAGACAGGUCCAAAAGACAGAAAUUGCUUUAAUUAAAAACAUUCUAAAAGGUUAUGCAUUUCAUCAUCUCUAUUUGGAAACAAUUUGGGAACAUAUUGGUGAUGAGGCAGCUUAGCUUCAACUUGCAACACAAGCUUUAACUGUAUAAAUUUGUCAUACACUUUAUGCCAAAGGCAACCAUACUCAAGAUUUCCAGGAGAGGUUGUAGAAAGAUUUCGGCCUUCAAAUAUCAAUUUAUUUAAAGAAAGACUUCUGAUAAGCAUUACAGCUGCGUAUCUGGAAACAUCCACUUAGUGCAGCAACCUACUCAUAUUUAGGAUAUGACUGUUUGUGCCAAAAUACAGCAGUGAGAUCAAAGACAAAAUAGAUAAUAUAUAGAUUAAAUAGAAUUAAUAUAGAUUAAAUCAAAAUUGAUUGCAGAAUUCAGCGAAAUGAAUGGAUAAGGAUGCAUUGGCAGAUAUCUGAUGUACAGUAGCUUUUCAAUUUCAAUCUGUAUGGAAAACUGAAAGAAUGUACCCUGUUGUGAUUUUAAUUAUUUUUUUGAUACAAAUAAACAACUCAUCCUUACAACUCCCAGAUUAAAACCAGAGAUUUUUAACCUCCUCCAGACUGAAAUACUAAAAGCUGAUGUACUUCCUUGAUUUGCAUUGUUCAAACAGUUUAAGGUUACACUCUCACUUCUGCCUGACAUGCCCCAAAACUGCAAAAAUAGUUUAAAAAAUAAAUAGUUUUAAUAGUUGAGCUCAACUGCAUUGUGGUUUUAUUUUAAUCUACUUUAUUGCACUGUGUAAAAUAAGCAGACCUGCGUUAAACGAACAAGCAAAAAACCACCUCAAGUCCUACAAAAAUUCCAGUAUAUUUUGAGAUGAGUUUACAGCAGGGCAGCAGAAAGGCCACAGUGACUCCAAAUACUUUGGAAGAAACAUAUUCAAUAUAAACAAAUAUAUCUGCAAGGCAACUGCAUGUGAGAACUGUACUGCGUAUUGGCAUCCACCCAUGAGCUCACUAAGAAGACUUCCUUCAACUCAGGAGUUUUAGUUCUAUUCACUUUUGUCCCUUAACUCACUCACUUUUAUAAACAUGCAAUAUUCUAUAUUAAUACAUUAUCAGGUUGUACUAGAAUUCACAUACAGAUGUGAAGAUGGGGUCACUUUCAAAAGGCAUCAAGGAAAGAAAAAAGGCAUCCAAAAAGCCCCUUUAGUUUUCAACUCAGUGAAAUUAAAUGUUAUCAGCAUUUUGAGAAUGUCUGUGAAGUUAAACACCACCCAUGGAAUGGCUGCACAAAACUAAAAUUCAGGAGGUUUUAAAUAGGAUUACUUCAAAGGUUCGUUUAGACCACAGCUAUGCAAACAGCUGCAUCAGCACAAUUGGGAAGGCAGUGUCAUAGAUCUGGUCUAUUGCCAGGAGAAUAAUAGGCCUAUUUUAACAUGGUCAGAGGUUAAACUAUAGAUCUAAGCCCACACUUUAUGUCUUGGCACGCUUAAAGUUAUAUUUUGGAGAUACAAGAGAACGCUUAAAAUCACCCAUUACUAAAGCUUACCUGAUACUGUGCUGACAGAUGAAGACAAGCCUUAGCUGAAUGCCUUCACUAUUCUAAACAGAUAGAGAAUCCCUUGGCCCAUUAAGUAAUGUUUUAAUUUUUCGUAUUAAAAGCUAAACUUCACAAUAAUUUAUUUUAAUUUUAUCAUCCUUUUCUCCUCUUGCAUUUGCUAGAUAGGUGAGUGGCAAAGUCUUUGCCUAAAAUAAAGACCAAAGAAAUGUUACCUCGGAUCCUGAGUUACUGCUUCCUUAUCGGAUGAACAGCUGCCAUCUCUAAUCUAUGCUCAAUUUAGAGUAGGAAUAUGACCCAACUUAAAGCAGAGAUAUUAGUUAAAAUGCAAGACAAAGCUGGAUGAGUUUCCAUCGACAAUAGGAACUAGACUUCAUCCAAGCAGUUCAUUUGGUCCCACACUUCUUCCCCUGAAAACAGCAGAGCUGGGGGGGAGGGAAAGAUGUCAUACACUUGUAAUUGUGCAACAGUUUAACUCAUGUUGGUAAAAUUCAAGGGAAAAUAUACACAUGUAGCUUCAAGAUGCAUAAAAUUAAAGUGGUUUUCAAUUAAAAUGGAGGGAGGUAAACAGUUGGUGAUAUGCACUUGUUCUUAAGGGUAAGGCAGCAGCACCUAUGUGUUAACCAUCCAGAAUGAUUCAGGAAGUUAGCCAUUGUAGACACUGAGCAACUCCACAUUAGCAAGAGCUAAAUUUCUUAAUAUGGUUUGACUCAAACAUGAGACAGUAAUUUGCUGUGUGGUCUUAAUAAAACUAGUAUGCUGUUAUGAACAGCAGAGGAUUCAACUGAAUGCAUAAAUCUCAUUCAAGCUGCAGUAUGCCUUUUAGAAAAGGUUUUUAAAUGCUCAAAUGACUCACUUUAAUAAAUAGAUUUUAGCUCAACACUGCUAUGUGCGUUAACACUGCUUCACAUUCUUCCAAAUAAAGUAUAUUUGACACAGGAACAUCUAUAUUACAGUGCUGUUAUUUUUAAGCUUUGGUCACACUCUUCCAUUUUGAAGCAAACACCUCUUCCAGAUUUGCUAAUAAAAUUUAGCAAAAGGAUAUGAGCGUGUCAUUUUUAGGAUUUCCAUUCUGUAUCCAAUCGAGAAGCAAACAUGACUUCAAAGACAACUUCAGAGCUUUAAAAAUCACUCGUACCUUUAAGGUAACAUUUAACUCAAACAGAUUACAAAAAAAAAAAAAAAAAAAA